GAGACCCUCCAGGGAAGAGGAAGAGGAAGAGGAAGAGGAGGAAGGGGCCUUCUUGCAGCCUUUCCUGCCAUGCUGCACUGAGGUGAUCCCUACCUGUGGUGCCACCAUGGUGUCGCUGUCGCUGAAGGUGUGCGUCCGGCAGGGCAAUGUCGUCAAGACCAUGCAGUUUGCGCCCGGCACUGCCGUCUAUGAUGCCUGCCGCAUGGUCCGAGAGAGGGUCCCCGAGGCCCAGUCCGGGCAAGCUUCAGAUUAUGGGUUAUUCCUCUCCGACGAAGAUCCACGAAAAGGCAUUUGGCUGGAAGCUGGAAGGACCCUGGAUUAUUAUAUGCUGCGGAAUGGGGGCUCGAGUGCAACACCAUCACCGCUUCUUCUCUCUCUCUCUCUGCCCAGCAAACUGGUGAUCAACCAGAUCAUCCCGGAGGACGACGCCAUCUACCAGUGUCUGGCCGAGAACAGCCAGGGCUCUGUCCUUGCUCGGGCCAGGCUGACCGUGGUCCUGUCCGAAGACCGGCCCAGCGCCCCCUGCAACGUCCAUGCUGAGACCGUCUCCAGCUCCGCCAUCUUGCUGGCCUGGGAGCGGCCACAGUACAACGCGGACAAGGUCAUCGCCUACUCCGUCCACUACAUGAAGGCCGAAGGCAUCACCAACUACGAGGAAUACUCCUUGAUCCAGGAGACCGUCGGCGGUGAAGAGAAGAAGGAGGAGGGCGGUGGGACCCUCAAGAAGGAAAGGACGCUUCUGCGGGACGAGAAGAAGAUGGAGAAACUCAAGGCUAAGCUCCACACCGAUGAUGACUUGAACUGGCUGGACCACGGCCGCACCUUCCGGGAACAGGGUGUGGAGGAGAGCCGGACUCUGCUCCUCCGGCGCAAGUUCUUCUAUUCGGACCAAAAUGUCGACGCCCGGGACCCCGUCCAGCUCAACCUCCUCUAUGUCCAGGCUCGGGACGACAUCCUGAACGGCUCACACCCGGUCUCCUUUGAAAAGGCCUGCGAAUUCGGAGGCUUCCAGGCCCAGAUCCAGUUUGGACCUCACGUGGAGCACAAGCACAAGCCAGGCUUCCUGGACCUGAAAGAGUUUCUUCCGAAGGAAUACAUCAAGCAACGAGGAGCCGAGAAGAGGAUCUUUCAGGAGCACAAAAAUUGUGGGGAGAUGGCGGAGAUCGAGGCCAAAGUCAAGUACGUGAAGCUGGCGCGCUCCCUGCGCACCUACGGUGUCUCCUUUUUCCUCGUGAAGGAGAAGAUGAAGGGGAAGAACAAGCUGGUCCCGCGCCUGCUGGGCGUCACCAAGGAGUCGGUGAUGCGCGUGGACGAGCGCACCAAGGAGGUCCUGCAGGAGUGGCCCCUCACCACCGUCAAGCGCUGGGCCGCCUCCCCAAAGAGCUUCACCCUGGAUUUCGGCGAGUAUCAAGAGAGUUAUUACUCGGUGCAGACGACGGAAGGCGAGCAGAUCUCGCAGCUGAUCGCCGGCUACAUCGACAUCAUCCUCAAGAAGAAGCAAAGCAAGGACCGUUUCGGGCUGGAAGGGGAUGAGGAGUCGACGAUGCUGGAGGAGUCCGUCUCGCCGAAAAAGUCCACCAUCUUGCAGCAGCAGUUCAACCGGACCGGGAAAGUGGAACACGGGUCGGUGGCCCUGCCAGCCGUCAUGCGCUCGGGGUCCACGGGGCCGGAGCCCUUCAACGUGGGCAGCAUGCCUUCGCCACAGCAGCAGGUCACCGUGGGGCAGAUGCACCGUGGACACAUGCCCCCCUUGACUUCUGCCCAGCAAGCCCUGAUGGGGACCCUCAACACCAGCAGACAGGCCGUCCAGCAGGCCCAGGCCGACCUCACCGAGGUGGACAGCCUCCCGCCGUUGGGCAAUGACAUGGCUUCCAGAGUCUGGGUCCAGAACAAAGUGGACGAAUCCAAGCAUGAGAUACACUCUCAGGUGGAUGCCAUCACUGCAGGGACUGCCUCUGUUGUCAAUCUGACGGCAGGGGACCCAGUGGACACGGACUACACGGCCGUGGGCUGUGCCAUCACCACCAUCUCCUCCAACCUGACGGAGAUGUCCAAAGGGGUCAAGCUGCUGGCCGCUCUGAUGGAUGACGAGGUGGGCAGCGGGGAGGACCUCCUCAAGGCUGCCAGGACCCUGGCCGGAGCCGUCUCGGACCUCCUCAAAGCUGUGGAACCGGCCUCCGGAGAGCCGCGCCAGACAGUCUUGACAGCCGCCGGGAGCAUUGGCCAGGCCAGCGGGGAGCUCCUCCGGCAGAUUGGGGAGAACGAGACCGACGAACGGUUCCAGGAUGUGUUGAUGAGCUUGGCCAAGGCGGUGGCCAAUGCAGCCGCCAUGUUGGUCCUGAAGGCCAAGAACGUGGCACAGGUGGCCGAAGACGCCGUCCUGCAGAACAGGGUCAUUGCUGCCGCCACCCAGUGCGCCCUCUCCACCUCCCAGCUGGUGGCCUGUGCAAAGGUCGUGAGCCCCACCAUCAGCUCCCCGGUCUGCCAGGAGCAGCUGAUGGAGGCAGGGCGGCUGGUGGACCGGUCGGUGGAGGGCUGCGUGAGGGCUUGCCAGGCGGCCACUGACGACAUAGAGCUGCUGAAGCAAGUGAGCGCGGCAGCUGGCGUGGUCAGCCAAGCCCUGAGUGACCUCCUGCAGCACGUGCGGCAGUUCGCCAGCCGCGGGGAGCCCAUCGGCCGCUACGACCAGGCCACCGACACCAUCAUGUGCGUCACCGAGAGUAUCUUCAGCUCCAUGGGGGAUGCCGGUGAGAUGGUCCGCCAAGCCCGGGUCCUGGCCCAGGCGACCUCUGACCUCGUGAAUGCCAUGCGCUCGGAUGCCGAGGCGGAGAUCGACAUGGAGAACUCCAAGAAGCUUCUGGCAGCCGCAAAGCUCCUGGCCGACUCGACCGCCAGGAUGGUGGAGGCCGCAAAGGGAGCGGCAGCCAACCCGGAAAACGAAGACCAGCAGCAGCGUCUCCGGGAAGCGGCCGAAGGCCUGCGAGUGGCCACUAACGCGGCCGCCCAAAACGCCAUCAAGAAGAAGAUCGUGAACCGGCUGGAGGUUGCGGCUAAGCAGGCGGCAGCGGCCGCGACCCAAACCAUCGCUGCUUCGCAAAAUGCGGCCAUUUCCAACAAGAACACCUCCGCUCACCAACAACUGGUCCAGAGCUGCAAGAGCGUUGCUGACCACAUCCCGCAGCUGGUGCAAGGCGUGAGGGGCAGCCAAGCCCAGGCCGAGGACCUCAGCGCCCAGCUGGCCCUCAUCAACUCCAGCCAGAACUUCCUCCAGCCGGGGAGCAGGAUGGUGUCCUCGGCCAAGGCGGCGGUGCCCACGGUGGGGGACCAGGCGGCCGCCAUGCAGCUCAGCCAAUGCGCCAAGAACCUGGCCACCAGCCUGGCAGAGCUGCGCACCGCAUCGCAGAAGGCACAUGAAGCCUGUGGCCCCAUGGAGAUCGACUCCGCCUUGAGCACCGUCCAGACCCUCAAGAACGAGCUCCAGGAUGCCAAGAUGGCCGCUGUGGAGGGGCAGCUGAAGCCGCUUCCGGGAGAAACGCUUGAGAAAUGCGCUCAGGACCUUGGCAGUACCUCCAAGGCGGUGGGUUCCUCCAUGGCGCAAUUGCUGACCUGUGCGGCGCAAGGCAACGAACACUACACAGGGGUGGCAGCACGUGAGACAGCGCAGGCGCUGAAGAGCCUGGCGCAGGCGGCACGGGGGGUGUCAGCCUCCACGGGGGACCCCCCUGCGGCGCACGCCAUGCUGGACUCGGCCCGGGACGUGAUGGAGGGCUCGGCUGUCCUCAUCCAGGAGGCCAAGCAGGCCCUGGGCGCCCCCGGAGACGCAGACAGGCAGCAGAGGCUGGCACAGGUAGCCAAAGCCGUCUCCCAUUCGCUGAACAACUGCGUGAACUGCCUACCCGGCCAGAAGGACGUCGACGUGGCCUUGAAGAGCAUCGGUGAGUCCAGCAAGAAGCUGCUGGUGGAAUCGCUCCCUCCAAGCUCCAAGUCUUUCCAAGAGGCGCAGAGCGAGCUCAACCAGGCGGCGGCCGACCUGAACCAGUCGGCGGGAGAGGUGGUGCACGCCACGCGGGGCCAGAGUGGGGAGCUGGCCGCCGCCUCCGGGAAGUUCAGCGAAGACUUUGACGAGUUCCUGGGCGCCGGGAUCGAGAUGGCCGGGCAGGCCCAGACGAAGGAGGACCAGAUCCAGGUGAUUGGGAACCUCAAGAACAUCUCCAUGGCUUCCUCCAAGCUGCUCUUAGCCGCCAAGUCGCUCUCGGUGGACCCCGGCGCCCCCAACGCCAAGAACCUUCUUGCAGCCGCAGCCAGGGCCGUGACGGAGAGCAUCAAUCAGCUCAUCACUUUGUGUACACAGCAAGCCCCGGGACAAAAGGAGUGCGACAAUGCUCUCAGAGAGCUGGAGACAGUGAAAGAGAUGCUGGAAAACCCCAAUGAACCUGUGAGCGACCUCUCCUAUUUCGACUGCAUCGAAGGCGUCAUGGAAAACUCCAAGGUUCUUGGGGAAGCCAUGGCGGGGAUUUCACAGAACGCCAAAACGGGCGACCUCCCCUCCUUCGGUGAAUGCGUUGGUGUGGCUUCCAAGGCCCUUUGCGGACUCACCGAAGCCGCAGCACAGGCGGCGUUCCUGGUGGGGGUCUCGGACCCCAACAGCCAGGCAGGCCAGCAAGGCCUGGUGGACCCCAUCCAGUUUGCCAGGGCCAACCAAGCCAUCCAAAUGGCCUGCCAGAACCUGGUCGACCCGGCCAGCAGCCCCUCCCAGGUCCUGUCGGCGGCCACCAUUGUGGCCAAGCACACUUCGGCCUUGUGCAACGCCUGCCGCAUUGCCUCCUCCAAGACGUCCAACCCGGUGGCCAAGAGGCACUUUGUCCAGUCGGCCAAAGAGGUGGCCAACAGCACGGCCAACCUGGUCAAGACCAUCAAGGCCUUGGAUGGCGACUUCUCCGAAGAUAACCGCAACAAGUGCCGGAUCGCCACCGCGCCGCUCAUUGAAGCCGUGGAAAACUUGACUGCUUUCGCAUCGAACCCCGAAUUCGUCAGCAUCCCGGCCCAGAUCAGCGCAGAGGCAAUGACGGUUGGUGGCUUCUCAUUCCAUCCUUCUCAGGUGACCCAGCUGGCCAGCUACUUUGAGCCGCUGGUGCUGGCGGCGGUGGGCCUGGUGUCCAAGCUGAUGAGCCACCAGCAGCAGAUGACCCUCCUAGACCAGACGAAGACCUUGGCCGAGUCCGCACUGCAGACGCUCUACGCCGCUAAAGAAGGAGGAGGAAACCCCAAGGCCUCGCACACGCAUGACGCCAUCACGGAAGCCGCCCAGCUGAUGAAGGAAGCCGUGGAUGACCUCAUGGUCACCCUGAACGAGGCCGCCAGCGAAGUGGGCAUGGUGGCCAACAUGGUGGACUCCAUCGCUGAAGCCAUGAGCAAGCUGGACGAAGGCACUCCUCCAGAGACCAAGGCCUCCUUUGUGGACUACCAGACCACCGUGGUCAAAUACUCCAAAGCCAUUGCGGUGACGGCCCAAGAAAUGAUGACCAAAGCGGUCACCAACCCAGAAGAGCUGGGAGGACUGGCCUCGCAAAUGACCACCGACUACGGACAUUUGGCUUUCCAGGGCAGGAUGGCAGCCGCCACAGCCGAACCAGAAGAGAUCGGCCUCCAGAUCCGAACCCGGGUGCAGGAGCUGGGCCACGGCUGUAUCUUCCUCGUCCAGAAGGGUGGCGCUCUGCAGGUCUGCCCCACCGACGGCUACACCAAGCGGGAGCUCAUCGAGUGUGCGCGGGCCGUCAGCGAGAAGGUCUCACUGGUGCUGUCCGCUCUGCAGGCCGGCAACAAGGGCACCCAGGCCUGCAUCACGGCCGCCAGCGCCGUCUCCGGCAUCAUCGCCGACCUUGACACCACCAUCAUGUUCGCCACCGCUGGGACCCUCCACGCCGAGAACAACGAGUCCUUCGCCGACCACAGGGAAAACAUCCUGAAGACGGCGAAGGCCCUGGUGGAAGACACCAAGCUGCUGGUCUCGGGGGCAGCCUCCAGUCAAGAGCAGCUGGCCCAAGCUGCCCACUCCUCGGCCUCCACUAUCACGCAGUUGGCCGAAGUGGUCAAGCUGGGGGCCGCCAGCCUGGGGUCCGACGACCCCGAAACACAGGUGGUGCUGAUCAACGCCAUAAAGGACGUGGCCAAAGCCUUGUCGGACCUCAUUGGCGCCACCAAAGGAGCGGCCAGCAAACCUGCAGAUGACCCUUCUAUGUACCAGCUCAAAGGGGCGGCCAAAGUGAUGGUGACCAACGUGACGUCUCUCCUGAAGACAGUGAAAGCGGUGGAAGACGAAGCCACGCGUGGAACAAGAGCCUUGGAAGCCACCAUUGAGUACAUCAAGCAGGAGCUCACGGUCUUUCAGUCGAAGGAGGUUCCGGAAGGGUCGUCUUCCCCGGAGGAGUCCAUCCGGAUGACCAAGGGCAUCACCAUGGCCACGGCCAAAGCGGUGGCGGCUGGCAACUCGUGCCGCCAGGAGGACGUCAUUGCCACGGCCAACCUCAGCCGCAAGGCGGUGGCCGACAUGCUGACCGCCUGCAAGGUCAGCACAGGGAAGGAGAGGCUAAUCAAUCCAAAUAUUCCCGCUUAUGUUCGUCCUUCCGCAGGGACGGAGUGGGUCGACCCAGAGGACCCCACGGUCAUUGCGGAGACGGAGUUGUUGGGAGCGGCCGCCUCCAUCGAAGCCGCUGCCAAGAAACUGGAGCAACUCAAACCCAGAGCCAAGCCCAAGCAGGCGGACGAGACGCUGGACUUUGAGGAGCAGAUCCUGGAGGCGGCCAAGUCCAUCGCUGCGGCCACCAGCGCACUGGUCAAGUCCGCUUCGGCCGCCCAGAGGGAGCUGGUGGCCCAAGGCAAGGUUGGGGCCAUCCCUGCAAAUGCAGCCGACGACGGCCAAUGGUCUCAGGGACUUAUAUCUGCCGCCCGGAUGGUGGCGGCGGCCACCAGCAGCUUGUGUGAAGCAGCCAACGCCUCGGUGCAGGGCCACGCCAGCGAGGAGAAGCUGAUCUCCUCCGCCAAGCAAGUGGCAGCUUCCACGGCGCAGCUGCUGGUGGCCUGCAAAGUGAAAGCGGAUCAGGACUCGGAGGCCAUGCGCAGGCUGCAGGCGGCGGGGAACGCGGUGAAGCGCGCCUCGGACAACCUGGUGCGGGCGGCGCAGAAGGCGGCCUUCGGGAAGGCGGACGACGAUGACGUGGUGGUCAAGACCAAGUUUGUGGGGGGCAUCGCACAGAUCAUCGCCGCACAGGAAGAGAUGCUGAAGAAGGAGCGGGAGCUGGAAGAGGCGCGGAAGAAGCUGGCCCAGAUCCGGCAGCAGCAGUACAAGUUCCUCCCCACCGAACUGCGGGAAGACGAGGGCUAACAUCGGGGGGCGGG